AGAGGAGUUCUCCUCCAAAUGGCGGAAACGACGCCUACCAAAUCACAUUCUGCAACUGGAAGGUAAGCAUCCAAACUUCAUUGAGAAGGCUAAGGAAAAGAUUGACAAGGUAAUCCACUCCCCAAAGCAUACCAAGGAAACGCAUGGAACAAGCGAUGACAUUGAUGAGAAGACAGACAUUGAUGAAGUGAGAGGGCCAGGAGUGUUUCAGAGGGCCAAGGAAGAAAUCGAGGCCCUCGUCGAGACAAUUCAUCACAAGAAGGAAAAGGCAGGAAACCACUCCCAACUCACACCAAGGAAACUCAUGGAACGAGCGAUGACAUUGAUGAGAAGACCUCCAUUGAUGAAGUGAGAGGGCCAGGAGUAUUUCAGAGGGCCAAGGAAGAAAUUGAGGCCCUCGUCGAGACGAUUCAUCACAAG